CAGCGAGUGGCCGUGACAGUGAAGACGACACGUACCUGCCGCUAGCGGUACAGUCAAUGGCCAUAACAGUGAAGAUGACACAGCAGUACACAUCUACAGCGGCAGGAGUGAAGUGUAGCAACCAUGACAGUAUUAACCGUGAUGGCUACCAGGAUACACAAAGUGCGUGCUCUCUUAUGCUUUGUUAUAGCGCUUUCUGCCUCUUCUGCAGUCCUCUGCGUGUUGAAUGCUAUGGACAUUAGUGCAGGUAAUUAUAAUAAUCACUGGGAAGCGCAAAACCCGGGUCAUACAGUGCCUAGGAAAUUCGAGCCAAUCAAGUUCGAUGAAACUGAAGAACAAUUCAGUACCUUAGAUCAAGAGCUUCUCACCGAUAAGGAUAUAGGCAUGAACGGCCAGCAGUAUCUGAAAAAUGGAGCAAGUGGUAGGCCACUAAUGGAUGUGCCAAGUGUACCCAACAUUCUGCAUGUCUUGCUGUUCAGUUCCCUUCCCCGUAGCGGCUCCACUGUGGUUGCAGAACUCCUUGCCACACAUCCUAAUUCCGUCCUUUUCUUCGAGCCCCUCUCAAGCCAAAAGAAAAAUCCUUGUGCUAGAGACGGGUCAUGUGUCGCAAGCUUUUUAACACGCCUCUUUAAGUGUACAUUUGAUCAAAACUUUGAAAAUUGGCUUAAAGGAAAAGGUCUCUUUCUUAAAUAUUUUAACCCUACCACAAGGCAGUGUAUCGAGAGACCAUGGGAAGGAGGAAGUGCCUGUAGACAUAAGCUACAUUUAAAUGUUAUGUGCAAAAAUGCCAGUGUCAGAAUAGUUAAAGUGAUAAGAUCCCGAUUGCCAUGGCUGGUAAACCUCUUAAACAACACCUCUCUCAAUGUAAAGAUAAUUCAUUUGAUUCGUGAUCCUAGAGGAUCAUUAAACUCUAUGCAGAGACUAAACUGGAACAGCAAGCCCUCCUUGAGGUGUGGUAACCUUGAAGAUGACAUGCGUGAGUACAACAAAUUGCUGAAAAAGUACCCAACUAAAGUAAAGAUGAUAAAUCUAGAGAUGUUUUCUGUCGAUCCGUACAGCACAACAAGUGAUAUUCAUAAGUUUCUGUAUGGCAGUCCAGGUCUUGAAGAAAGAACCUUGCAGUACCUGAAGGAGCACACCAGAGCUCGUAAGACACUGUUCUUUGUUGAUAAUAUGGAUACCCACAAGAACAGCAGUAGGGAGUAUCAGGCAUGGCGGUGGAGGAUCACAAGCCAGUUACUGAGGGAAACUGAAGAGGAACUUGCUUGUAGCUAUGUUAUCAAUGAGCUGGGACAUGCUAUGUUUGGAUCACUCCACAAUGCCAGAAACUUAACUCUGCCGCUUGACAAAAGGCACAAACAGUAUUAAUAAGUAGCUCAGUGGCAUGUAGUUACCAAUACAGUAAUGAUAAUAUAAAACACAACCUGAAGGGGUCAUACCUAGCUACCAAAAAUUAAGAGGCUUCAGGUUUUUAUAUUAAAUGUAAGUUUUUUAAACUUUUUUUUCCUCUCAAACAUUUGAAAAAAAAUUCACAAAAUAAUGUAAUAGUCAUGCUAGUCUAAUCCUAGGACUAGAUGCCACUGAUUAAUUAGCAUGCACAUUUGCACAUGUUGAAUGCUUGUAAUAAAAUUGUUUUAAGAGUUUAUUUUAAAUAAAGUAUUGAUAAAAAUAAAAUA